CCCCCACCUCCCGCUUCAGAUCCCCCCAAAACCCUAGCCCCCCCACCCGCCGCCGCCAUGGUCGGCCCGUCUGGCGCCGCCGCGGCGUCCUCGUCGUCGUCGUCCACCUCCUCGACGACGUCGUCCUCGUCGCAGUCGUCGUCGACUCGUGGAGGCUACAUGCUGAGCGACCGGUUCUACAGCCCGCCUCACGUCCGCCGCCAGCAGAUGCUGCUGCUGCAACAGCAGCAGCUGCUGCAGGGGCAACGGCCGCCUUCGCUCUCCCCCUCGCCGGCGACGGCGCCCAGGGCGGCGAGGCAGAAGCCGCUGCCGUCGCCGUCGCCGCCGCCGCCGCCUCCCGCACCGGCGGAGGCGGCGAGGCAGAAGGAGGUAGAGAGGCGGGUGGACGCGGUUGUUCAGUCAAAGCCGUCGGUGUCGCCGUUGCCGUCCUCCGCGGACGUGAAGAGGCCGCCGGCGGCGGAAUCGGCGCCGGAGCCAGCGCGGGCGGCGGAGGAGGAGGCGGCGGGGAAUCUGGAGAGGUUCCUCAGCUCCACUACGCCAUCCGUGCCCGUCCAGUACUUGCCCAAGACAAGCAUGAGAGGGUGGAGGAGUGGUGAUGCUAUGAAUUCAUCACCAUAUUUCUGCCUUGGAGAUCUCUGGGAAGCUUUCAAUGAGUGGAGUUUUUAUGGGGCCGGCGUCCCCGUUGUGUUAAAUGGCAAAGAUUCCGUCAUACAGUAUUAUGUGCCGUAUCUCUCUGCCAUACAACUCUAUGCAGACCCAUCAAAGCAUUCAACAAGAAUCAGGCAUCCUUGGGAGGAAAGUGAUGAGGAAUCUAUGGAUACUAGCAGCGAAAGUAGCAGUGGGACUGAUGCUGACCAAUUAAGAGGUUUGGAGAAUGGUGGCUUUCAAAGGGAGGACAGUGAAUCGCAUUUUCCAUCUACUCGUCCAUUAUUCGAGUAUCUUGAGAAGGAUCCUCCUUAUGGUAGAGAACCUUUGACAGACAAGGUAUCAAUUCUUGCAAGUAAAUUUCCGGAGUUAAUGUCAAUCAGAAGCUGUGAUCUUCUGCCAACUAGCUGGAUGUCUGUUGCAUGGUACCCUAUAUAUAGAAUCCCUACUGGACCAACGCUCAAGGAUCUCGAUGCAUGUUUCUUGACAUUUCACUACCUAUCAACAGCGACACGUUCCAGGGAUGCUGACCCCAGUACACCAGCCUGCCCCCCUUCUGGGGGCUUUAACAGCUGCAUGAAUGCAGCUGGUAAGCUAACAUUGCCCGUCUUUGGACUGGCACCGUACAAGUUGCGGAGUUCUGUUUGGUCGUCGAAUGGGCCUCAUGAGCAGCAGCUCGCAGCCUCAUUGAUGCAGGCAGCGGACGACUGGCUCCGGGACCGUCAAGUGCAUCAUCCAGACUUCCGGUUCUUCCUUACGCACUACAACACCGUAUGGAGAUAACAAGGUGCUUACCCCUUUCUUUGUAAAUGGUUGUGAGCGUUUUUUCUGUUGUCGGCUGAGCCGGGCUACCUGUAACACUAUAUGUUUGACGUACAGUCGUGUGACGUAACGUUUGCACUACUGAACUUCUGUAUCAGUCAUCGGCUUAUCGCCAGACAGCUAAUUUGUAACUUCUCCAGUAAACCUUGUGUUGUAGGUAAACUUUUGUGAGGAAGAAUAAAUAUCAUAGUGGAGAAAUGUAGAACAAAGGAAACUAGCUUCUGCAAAUUUUUGUUGUUUAGAUUUGAAAAGAAAAAAAAAAGAACUUGUGUAUGUUGACUGU